AUGUGUGGACGGUUACAUUUGUGGCGAGAUGGCGAGUACAGUCUGGGUGAGGACGAGGGCAAGACGCGGAUGAUGCAGGUGCCGCGUGGGCAACACAGGCGACAUGGAGGCAAGAUAGGCGCAAGCGAAAGAGAUGCGCGAGAGACGCGGGCGAGACGCGGGCGAAGUGGGAGAGGCGGGAGUUGCGGGACACUUAGGCAAGGUGGGCGAGGUGGAUGGCAGACGAUGCGGGCGACGUCGGCAACGUGCGGGACUGAGGGCAACGCGGAUGGGGGUGACGCAGAGGUGGAGGAAGGAGAUGCGGGAAUCGAGGUGGUGGUCGACGCGUGUGGGAGCCAGAGGGCGAGGGCGACACGGCCAGGGCGACACGGAGGCAAGGCGAGGGCAAGGCAGAUGACGCGGGCGCGGGCGCGGGGCAAGGCGGGCAAGGCGGGUAACGCGGGCACGACACGGGCACGACGCGGGCGCUGCGAGGUGGACGAGGACGAGGGCGAGGGCGAGGGCGAGGGCGAUGUAAGCGAGGGCGACGCAGGCGAUGAGGGCGAUGCGGGCGAGGGCGACAUGGGUGACGCGGGCGAGGGCAAGGUAGGCGACGUGGGCGAGAUGGGCGCGAGGCGGGUGCGCGAGAUGGACGGAGUGGGGGAACGACACCCACGACGCCAGCGAAGGCGAUUGAGGCGAGAGCGUCGCCGACGAGGCCAGAACCUGGGAGGGGGAGGCGACGCAGGGGAGAAGUGGGGGCGGGGAGGGACCUGGAGGGACUCACCAGGGGAUAUCAGGGCCGUGGGAGCUCACCGCGACCUCACGGAACGGCGACGCGGGGCAGGCGGGGGACUUGGGCGACGUGGGGGGCAAGGGCGGGCAAGGGCGGGCAAGGGCGUGCUGGGUGACACAAGCGAGGGCCGCCGCGAAGGCGAGGCGGCGGAUGAGGGCGAGGCGGAGGACGAGGGUGUGGCAGCGGAGGGCCGGGACGCGGCGGAGGACGAGGGUAAGGUGGGCGAGGACACGGGGAGCGGAGGGUAG